CCCAAGGCGGCCCCACCACAGGCCCUCUCUGCCUGGACGGCUCUGCUGGUCUCCCCAUCCCCUGGAGGAGAGCAAGGCCAUGGGCUGGUUCCUGCUGCUGCCCCUGCUGCCCCUGCUGCUGCCGCCAGCAUUUCUGCAGCGUGGUGAGUCACGUGGAUCUGGUCCAAGCGGCCGUUAUGGGGUCACUCAACCAAAACACCUCUCAGCCCCUAUGGGUGGCUCCGAAAAUUCCUUCUCCUUCUAUCACCCCUGGGAGUUAGCCACAGAUCCCAACAUGAAUGUAUCCCUGAGACGGGGCGACCUAUGGGAGUUCUUCUACAGAACAAGGCCAGCUUUCAUUCACAAGGAUUACUCGAACCGGCUCUUUCUGAACUGGACAGAGGGUCAGGACCGCGGGCUCCUCAGGAUCUCGAACCUGCGGAAGGAGGACCAGUCUGUGUAUUUCUGCCGAGUCGAGCUGGACACACGGAGAUCAGGGAGGAAGCGGUGGCAGUCCAUCGAGGGGACCAAACUCACCAUCACCCAGGGGAACCCUUCCAAAACACAGAGGAGCCAUAUGAGAAUAUCAGGAAUGAAGGACAAAAUACAGAUCCCAAGCCAAAUCCCAAGGACGACGGCAUCGUCUAUGCCUCCCUUGCCCUCUCCAGCUCCACCUCACCCAGAGUACCUCCCAGCCACCAUCCCCUCAAGAGCCCCCAGAACGAGACUCUGUACUCUGUCUUAAAGGCCUAACCAAUGGACAGCCCUCUCAAGACUGAACGGUGGGGCCAGGCACAGUGGCGCAGGUCUGUAAUCCCAGCUACUCUGAAGCCUGAGGCAGAACAGAGUGAGCCCAGGAGUUCAGCGUCAGCUUUGACAAUGGAGCGAGAUGCCAUUGCUAGUUAAAAAUGUGUAUUAACAAUAAAGUAACAAAUUUAAAAAGA